AUGGAAAAUAAUGAAACAGUGAAGACCUUAUUGGAAAUGGGUAUACCCAGGGAAGUUGCAGUCGAUGCACUGAUGAGAACGGGUGGGAAUCUGGAAGACGCUGUAGCAUUUAUCUUUUCUAAUGAAUUGCCUCAAACUGAACAAGAACAGCCAUAUAUUCCAAUUAAUAUAAAUGAUCAGGACCCUUUACCUUCCGAACAAGACCUUGCAAAUCAAGAUUAUCGCUCAAGUAACACACCUUCAAGUGUGCCGGGUUCUAAUAACCCGUUCCGUGAAUCGAAUAAUUAUUUGGGUGACGAGUAUGUUGAGGGCCAGGAAGUCCAAAGAGAAUUGAUAGAUGUUGACUCAUCAGAUGAUGAGGAUGAGGAUGAGGAUGAUGGCAUGGACGGGUAUCGGUCAGAAUCGAGAUCUAUUUCGCAACAAAAUGGAAACGUACCUGAAUCAUUUCACAUUGAAUCUGCAACGAAUUCAAUGUCUCAAGAAAUGAUCCCACCAAAAUAUAAUUUGGUCGCUAAGGGCCCCUUGAAGGAUGAACUUGAUCAACCAACCAUCAUCUUGCCCUUACCUUUAAAUUCAAUGAUUGAAAAUUAUCUCUCAUUAUUUGCAUUGAAUGCUGUCAUUAAUAUUCCUCAAUUCUUUCUUAAGACCGAUUUUAAGGACUUAAAUUACAAUAAAAAUUGGUAUAAGGGAACUUCCUUUGAGAUGCCCAAAUUCAUAUUAGAAUUCGAUUCAUCAAACGAUACUACAACCAUUAACGAAAAUGCUGAAAGGGGAGAUCAAUAUAGAAAGGCAGUAGAUAUUAUUCCCAUUGGUACAAGUGAUAAAGUGGAAAAGCAACAACCAUUCCUAUUAUGGCAACUCCAGAAGCUGGCGGCAAUCAAUAGUUUUUCCAUGUCAGAAAGAGCUUAUGCCUCGGCUAGAAUCUUUUCAUUAGUAUUUAACGGUCAAGUGAGAAGUGUUCUUUCGAAGUCGGAUAAUUUAAUAGAUGUGUUGCCGCUAUUUAUUAAGUCAAUUACAACAGACUUACAACUCUGUCCCUCCAAUUCUGAUGACGAAAGCCCACAGGAUUUAUUCAUUACUUCUGCAUUCCAUUUACCUGAAAAAUCUCAAUCGUUGGUUGAAACAAAGCUUGCCUUUUUCCAUUUUAUGCCAGAAGAAUAUAAUGAGAAUUUAUAUAAGAUGUUCAAUGUUUUAUUAUAUCCUGAUGACCCUAGUGAGAACAACGAAGAUAAUGGAGAACAGGAGGAGGUUUAUAAUAAUUCAUUGAAUAAAGCGGCUCAUAUCAUCACUGUCAUUUUCAAUGAGGCUGAUGCAUAUACACCUGAAAUGACAUCUAAUUCCGGGGUGGAAAUUCCCUUGACUUUCUAUCCGCAACUAUAUUUUAAAAAAUGUAAAGAUCAAUUGAUAAAGCAUAUCUUGGAGAAAAGGAGACAAGCACUUGCCAGAUCUAAACAACUACUGGACGAAAUAAGACAACUGAAAAGCUUCGAAGGUAAGGAUAUAUCCAUGACCCUUGAAAGUGCAAAAGAGUAUUUACAGAAAGAAGAAAAUCCUAUGGGUAAGAAUUUGCACGAGACGAUAACAAAGAUAGAGAUGAUGAUAGCUGAGAAGAAAAAUUCCAAAAUGGAAGAGUACAAAAUUUUGUCUUCCCAAUUACAUAAGGAUUGGAACCUUUCACAUCCCGAAUUACAAAUCAUUGAAACUGCCAAGACCCUUGGAUUAAUAGAUGAACCAUACCUCCUGACAACUGUGAUAAUUUCACCAUACCUCUAUUAUAUCAGAAAGAAGGAUGGCAUCUGGUACUCGGUGCAAUGCAACACUUUAGGGACUGAUUUCCAAGUAUCACAACUAGAGUCAGGCGCUGCCGUUCAGGAAAUAAUAAAAGCACAAACGAGUAGACCAAAUGAGACGCCUCUCAUGUUCUUGUUUUGCAGAGAAUCCAUAAUACCGGACGAAGAUACAGUUAGGAAGGCGAUGGAGGAGAAUUUGGGGUGUCUGCAAUUUGCCAAGCAGGACCAACUAUCAUUGGAAGAACAAUCUAGUACAGUAAACGUCACUGAGCACCCCAAGGGAGAGAACGACAGCGACUAG